AUGACUCUUGCUGCUCUGUCCACGGCCUUUUCCUGCCUGAAAGCGGUGAUGAACAUGAAGAAGUUCCUUGCGACGGGUCAAGCAGGGGACGGCCGAGAGAAAGCUUUGCUCGACUAUGUCCUCAGAACGGCUGAAAAGGGUAAUCCUCUUUCUGUCCUGAAUGCGAUGGACACCUAUGCAAAGACCUCUAGCUGGCUCAUGAACAUUGGUGACGACAAGGGACCCAUUUUAGAUAAGGCCCUUCAGAAAUAUAAUCCACGGGCAGUUCUCGAGAUCGGGACAUUCUGCGGGUAUUCUGCUGUGAGGAUAGCUUCGCAGUUGCUCAAGGAGGGUAGUAAGCUUCUCAGUUUUGAGAUGAGCCCAGACAACAGCAACAUCGCCAGGCAAAUUAUCGAGCAUGCAGGGUUGUCGUCCAAGGUGGAUGUUGUGGAAGGAAAAUUCAAUGAGCAUCUCGACGUAGCCAAGCAAUUUCUGGAGGAGAUGAAUUCCCCUCAUUUCGAUUUCGUUUUCCUCGACCACUGGAAAGUCUACUAUAUGUCAGACUAUCUUCUGUUGAAGGAAAAUGCAAUGGUGGGAAAUGGCAGUGGAAUAUGUGCAGAUAAUAUGGGGGCCUUAGUAGGACCUGCUGAUUUCAGGAAAUACCUUAAAAAACAUGCAGAGGAACUUGAAACCUGUGAACACAAGAGCAAUGCAGAGUACCUUUCUUGGUUCCCAGACAGUGUGACUGUUUCUACUUUUAAGCUACCCACUCAAUUGUAA